CCCAGCUUUCUAUUCUUGUGUCCCCGGCUGGUUCUCUCAGUUCGGAUCUGGACUCGCUGUGGGCGGCCGCUGACACGAUGUUUGGGAGCCUUCUCAGAGACUUCGAGGAAGAUCCGUUCUUCUCGGAUCCAUUCACUGCCCACCAAGAACAUGUGAGACAGAUGAUGAGAAGUUUCUCUGAUCCUUUUGGCCGGGAUCCCUUCUUCAGUAUCACAGAUGGCAGAUCUCACGGCCGGAGAGGGCAGCAAGGUUCCCAGGUGGCUCUGAGAGAAGAUCACAGGGCCUCAAGUCUGUGUCAUAUGCCCAGUGCUCCCUUUUCCAGUAUGGUCCCUGAUGGGUUUCACUCCAUUGAUAACAUGAUGGCAAACAUGAGGAACAGAAUGGUAGACAUACACAAACAGUUUGAAGGAUUAGCAGACAGACCUGACGUUCACUCAUUUAAGUCAUCCUCCGUAAUGACGUAUUCCAAGACUGGAGACGAGCCUCCUAAGAUUUUCCAUGCAACAAGUCAAACCCGUAAAGCUCCUGGUGGUAUAAAGGAAACAAAGAAAGCUGUCAAGGACUCUGAAAGCGGAGUGGAAAAGAUUGCUGUUGGACAUCACAUCAAAGAUCGCGCCCACAUUGUCCAGCAAAUGAAGAACAAUAAAACAGGAGAUCAAGAAGUCAACCAGGAUUUUCAAAAUAUGGAUGAAACUGACGCCCCAUCAUUUGACAGCGAAUGGGAACGGGAGAUUUCAAAGUUCAGACCAUUUGAAAAAAAGCUCUCCCUAGAAGCUCCUAAACACCAAAGGGUCCAGUAUUCUACCAAAAUAGGAGCCCCAGAUGUGCCUAGAAGGGAGCGAUGCAUCUCCAAAAUGGUCAUCUAGAAGAUUCGUCAAAGCAUGUGACUUCAGUAAUUACAAAAACAUUUCAAGGUCAACUAGGAAACUCUUGAAGGGACAUGCAAGAUGUAACAGGGUCUCUUAAAUAAAUAAGACAUGCACAGUU